AGUGGCGGCCUCUAGUUUCCCGAGGGCGAAUUAAUAUCAGGUGUGUGCGAGAAAUUCCUUUUUGUAGCGGUGUGCCAGGUGUGGAGUUUGAAUUCGUGGGCACUUCUUCGGCGUUUUAGUUUUAAUUAAGUGCCAGAACUUCAUCGUGCAUUCAUAACAGGAGUGAUGCGUCUUUAUUGUUAGGGACCACACUGAUCUGAUGGCUUCAUAGGAAGUGUUCUGAAGUGUGCGCCGUCUAAAAACACACCAUGAACAAGCAGUGGAAACCACUCAUCUCAAGAAGUUGCCUCUUUGCAACCAUCGAGGACGACCCGUUUUCUCACUUGGACAUUACAUCGUCGGAUCACCUGGACGAAAUCAGCGAACGAGGUUGCUGUCCCAAGUGCAACAAGUCUCGGAUGUACUUCUGCUACACGUGUUUCGCCGCCGUCGACUGUGUCCGUGACAAAGUACCCCAGUUGAAGCUGCCGAUAGGAAUUGACAUCGUGAAGCACGCUGGCGAGGUCGACGGUAAAAGCACCGCUGCCCACAUUGCAAUCCUAGCUCCAGAUGAUGUGAAUGUGUACAUAUUUCCGGAUGUCCCAAGCUACAACCGUGACGAAGUGCUGCUAAUAUUUCCCGGGGAGAAUGCCCAGUCGCUGGAAACGUUAUGGGAUUCCCAUCACAAGUCUCACCAUGACGCUUCUCUGUCGCCCUGCGUCGUGUGCCAUCAAGGCCAUCCCACGAUCCCAUGGAAGAGAUUAGUGUUCAUUGACAGCACUUGGAAGCAGACGAAGAGGAUCUACCUCGACGCGAAAAUGAGCGGCCUUCGGUGCGUCGUGCUGCAGGGGGGUCGGUCCGUGUUCUGGAGGCCCCAGCGGGGCAAGCCAUCCAGCUGGCUGGCCACGGCGGAAGCGGUGCACCUGAGCGUGACCCGACUGCUCGCACUCCAGGGCUGCCAGGGGAACGUGGACGACCUGCUCUUCUUCUUCAAGUUCUUCUACGCCAAGAUCAGGUCCAGGUACAAGGAUUCCGGAGUUCUGCAAUAGCGACGGUGGUUCGGGCCGACCUGCGUUCUCAAGUGGCGUCUGGCUGUUAAGGUCACGCUCUCCGGAUUCCGAAGGAUGUUCGAGGUCGUCGGCCUGCUUCCCGGAGUCGAGUCGCGAGCUUCGCUGAAUAAACCUGUUUUUCUUUUGCCA